UGGGUGUGGCCCAGAGCAUGCGGGACCGGUCCCCCAGGGUGCUGCAGACGGCCCCUAAGGUCAUGGGGGCCUCGGCCGGGUCUCUGGUGGCUGCUGCCGUAGUCUGUGGCUCCAGUCUGGACAUGGUGCGUGAUGAGAUGCUGAGGUUUGCGCGGCAGAUGAGGGGCCGUGUCCUGGGGCCGCUGCACCCUGCGGGGAACGUGUCUGUGUGGAUAGAACGUAUGCUGCGUCUCAUGUUACCGGCCGACGCCCACAUCAGGGCCAGCGGACGCCUGGCCAUCGCCAUGACACGCAUCCCAGAUGGACAGAACAUCAUGGUGUCAAAGUUCACAUCCCGAGAAGACGUGGUGCAG